AUGCAGCCUGUGCUAGCUCUGCUGCCCACUCUGUUGCUGCUGCCCCUGGUGUACCCAGGUCAACCUCAGAACCAGAGGAUGGUGAGAACUAUGCCAAGCUCUCUGGAUGAGGGUGAAACAUGCUAUUGUGUGGUCCACUUGCCCAAAUCCAUCCUGCUACAGCAGCUAGAACAGCUACAAGGUACAACCCAGGAACUUGUUAGCAAGUUUAAGCAAGUAUUGUCCAUGGUUGGUGCAUUUGUACCUGCCAUUGAAGGCCACAACAACCAGGUCCUGAAUAUGAGCCACAUGCUGAAGUUCAGAAAUUCCAGUGUCCUCACUCUCUCAUCUGAGCCCUCAACCUUGGAUCAGCUGCACUUAGAGCUGGAGAGAGUACAGAAGUUGUUGACCCAGCUUAAUGCCAAUGGAGGAGUUAAUGGGGCUAGGUAUCUCCUCCACCAACUCCAAAUCCAGGUGACUAAUAUCAGUCUUAUGCUCAAACUUCUGGCUGAUGCGGACCAGAGCAGCUUUCGAGCUCUCCAACAGCAGGUGGAUAUCCUCGAGGCCCAACUACAUGAGUGCAAGAGAGAAAGGGAACAAGAAGAGACUUACAGACAUCAUGGUUCAUUUUUGCCCCCCGAUUCUUGCAGUUGUGGAAGCCUCCAGAAAGUCAGCAGACCCUUUGUAGUGAAGCUCAAUUGGAGGGGCUUCUCAUACAAGGCGGGUUCCUGGGGCCGAGACUCAGCACCAAAUCAGACCUCUUCCCUUUAUUGGGUGGCCCCCUUGAGUGCGGAUGGCAGGUACUUUGACUACUAUCGGUUAUACAAGACCUAUGAUGACCUGGUGCUUUUGAAGAACUAUGAAGAGCGGAAGAUGGGUUAUGGUGACGGCAGUGGAAAUGCUGUAUACAAUAACUUCAUGUACUUUAACUACUAUGGUUCAAAUGACAUGGCCAAGGUGGAUCUUGCCUCCAACACCAUAGUACUACAGCGCCCAUUGCCUGGUGCCACCUACAAUGACCGUUUCUCUUAUGCUGGUGUACCCUGGAAGACCUUGGAUUUUGCUGUUGAUGAGAAGGGGCUGUGGGUGCUCUAUGCCACUGAGGGAAGCAGGGGCAACCUAGUUGUAAGUCGUCUCAAUACCAGCACCUUAGAAGUGGAGAAAACUUGGCACACUAGGCAGUACAAGCCAGCCCUGUCGGGGGCCUUCAUGGCCUGUGGGGUGCUUUAUACCUUACGCUCGCUGAGCAUUCGCCAAGAGGAGAUCUUCUAUGCUUUCGAUACUGCCACUGGGCAGGAACAGCAUCUCAGCAUUAUACUGGACAAGAUGCUGGAAACCCUGCAAGGUAUCAAUUACUGCCCCCUGGACCAAAAGCUUUAUGUUUUCAAUGAUGGUUAUCUGGUCAAUUAUGACCUCACCUUCCUGAAGUGUAAGCUACCAAGAUCACCAACCAAAAGAGCCUCCAGGGCUAAUGCCCCACAAAAACCUGUCAAUCCCCCAAAACCUUCCAUGCCGUGA